CCUAAGAGAAAAGAGGGAGAGUUAAGAUCAAGGCGAGGAUUGCGUUUGGAAGAGAGUGGAAGAUAGAGAAAGGACAGACAGAGUGAGAAGGAAUAGGAGAGUUUGGUAAGAGUGGUUUUAUGACGAUUUGAUCGAAGGUGUGUGUAAUGCAUUAAAAGCCACCGUUUGGAAUUUCUAGUAACUUUCCUUCUAUAUAGAUAGGAUUUGCUCUUAAACAGAGAAAGAUUCAUACACAACAUUCAUCAAACGCUGUGUGUCUGAUAACCGUCGUUUCAGGAAGCUGUUUUUACUACUUUAAAACCACCUCCUAAAUUGAAGAUUAUUAUCAAGCUACUAAGAUGGAAUGGUCAGCAUGUACGGAUGAGUACGAGAAGCUUGUUUUUCGCAUGAGCACUCCUAGGGUCGUCAUUGACAAUGCCGUUUGUUCCAAUUCAACCAUAGUCAAGUUUGAUAGUGCCAGAAAGCAUGGAAUUCUUUUGGAAGCUGUACAAAUUCUCAGUGAUUUAAACCUUUUUAUUAAGAAAGCAUAUGUUUCAUCUGAUGGAAGAUGGUUCAUGGAUGUUUUUCAUGUCACUGAUCAAAAUGGAAACAAGUUAACAGAUGAGAGCGUUUUAAAAUAUAUUGAACAGUCACUCAGUAGCAUUUACAAUGGUAAAACAAAUCACAGAAACGGUCUCACUGCGUUAGAAUUGAAGGGCACGGAUCGCGUUGGUCUUCUUUCUGAGGUGUUUGCUGUUUUGGCCGAGCUGCAAUGUGAUGUGGUGGAGGCUAAAGUUUGGACUCACAAUGGCCGAACGGCCUCCUUAAUUUAUGUUAAAGACAGCAUCACUGGGACAUCUAUUGAGGAUUCUCAGAAAAUUAAUCGGCUUGAAGCACGUUUAAGAUAUGUUUUACAAGGAGAUAGUGAUAUUAGGAGUGCAACAACAUCUAUCUCUGAUGCUGUUAUACAUCCUGAAAGAAGGCUUCACCAAAUGAUGUUUGCAGACCGUGAUUAUCAGAUGAAUCCAAUUUUCAAGUUUAGUUCUGAAACGCCGGUAGUGACUGUACAGAAUUGGGCAGAAAGGGGUUAUUCAGUUGUUAAUGUUCAGUGCAAGGAUCGAGUUAAGUUGUUGUUUGAUGUUGUGUGCAAUUUAACUGACAUGGAAUAUGUUGUGUUCCAUGCAACUAUCAACACAAGGGUUGACCAAGCAUACAUGGAGUUUUACAUUAGACACAAGGAUGGAACCCCAAUUAGUUCAGAACCGGAGCGUCAACGUGUGAUUCAAUGCUUGCAAGCUGCAGUAGAGAGAAGAUCAUGCGAGGGUGUUAGGCUUGAGCUAUGCACCGAAGACAGACAAGGGCUUCUCGCCGAGGUGAUGAGAACAUUCCGAGAGAACGGAUUAAAUGUGACUAGGGCCGACAUAACUACGACUGGGGACUUGGCUGCAAAUGUUUUCUAUGCAACAGAUGCCAUUGGAUACCCAGCUGACCAAAAAAUCAUCGAAUCAGUUCGUCAAAAAAUUGGUUUAACCAAUUUAAAAGUAAAGGAGUUGCCUUUUGCAAGUCAUCAAAAGGUAGAGAGGGAAGAUCAAUCAGUUGGAGUUGGAGGGGCAGUGUUAUUGUCUCUUGGUAGCAUAGUGAGAAGGAAUCUGUACAAUUUGGGUUUAAUCAAAUCUUGUUCUUAAAAGCAGAAAGAUAAGAGCGUGAGGGAAUUUUUUGAGUGUGGAAGAUAUUCACUACUUUUUAUAGCAUAUUAUUCCUUGCUUCAAGUUUGGGCUUUGUGUACAUAUUAAAAAGUAAAGGGUGAUAAGUUGUUUUUUUCUUCACUUGGUUGGAUUGGAUUCAUUUGGUACGUGGAAAAUGACCUUUAUACAGCUGGAGGGAUGGACCCUCUCCAUUUUAAAUGUGCUUUGCUUGAAGGAAAGAAGGAUUUGCAUUUUGAAAUAGGUUGUUAUCCAUAGUAGGUUGUGAAAAGGGAAUGUAGAAUAUGAUUCUUUGGUGGCACAGAAAGGAAGAUUAGGUAGAGGGAGGAACAAUUUGGAUUGGGUUCAUACAUCUUUUUGUACAUAACGACGUAUCAAUUAUUAUUAUUAAUUUAAGUCUUUGACUUUAUUCUUUAA